AUGCUUGAUACGCAAGGUUAUCUUUAUUAUUACUUUGAAUAUUGCAAAUUAGAUCGAAAUUUCAGGAAACAACAUUCUAUAAAAGAUCAAUUUGUUGAACGUUCCAAAUUUGGCCCUAGCUGGAAGGGUCUGGUGAUCUUAUCGGAUAAACGUUACACAAUCGCUUUGAACUUAAAAAGACAUUCAAAAAUGUGCAAUCAUACAUAG